AUGGAUGAAGUCAAACAGGCUGUUUUUGAAUUAGGUGGGGAGAAAGGUCCUGGACCGGAUGGUUUUCCUAUCCAGUUCUUUAAGCAAUUCUGGCAAUCGACUAAGUUGGAUCUUUUUCGGCUUUGCGAGGACUUUUAUUCGGGAAUCUUGGCCAACCGAUUAAGUAAGGUCUUGAAUGAUCUGGUGGAUCUGGAGCAGUCUGCGUUUGUGAAGGGUCGAUGUAUAUUGGAUAACAUUGCCACGGAGGAAGGAUUAAUUUUUAGCAUGCGUAAACAUAGACUUUCAGGACAUAUUCUGAAGGUGGACUUUGCAAAAAGCUUUUUGAUACGAUGA